AUGUCCCUCGAAAGCGAAGCAGUCGCCAGUGCGACUAUCGAGCUCCUCGAGGCGCGUCUGCGCCGUCUCUCCUACCUCCUGACCGGCGGCACCGACUGGACGGGCGUCCCAUCAACACCAGAGAAACCCGCCUCCCUCGACGAAACGGUAUCACGCCGACUCGCCCGGUUAGAAAGAGAAUUGGAGAAAUUGAGCCGGGCCGUACCCGCCGUACGAGAUGUGAUCCAACUCCACGACCGCUUACCCGACCUCUUCAACCCCCCAACACCACACGACAUCCCCCAGGAUCUCACCCCGCGCGCCCUCUCCUCAAUCGUCCUCUCCUACGCAACCGCCUUCCCCGAAACUGCCUCCCGCCUCACGUCCCUCAACGACCUCCCCGUGCCCGACGCAACAUCCUCCGCCUCCCUAAUCGCGCUGCAACCACAGCUCGACCGGCUAGCGCAGAUCCAGGCCGAACAGGCGGCUGCGGUGUCGGAACUGCGCGUGCGCACGGCGCGCGUAUUGCAGCGCUGGUAUGAGGUUGGCGUUGUGGGGAGUGGGGAGUGUUGGGCUGAGUGGGAGGGGAGAUUGGAGGGGGUGGAGAGGGAGGUUAGGAGGAGGGAGGUUAUUCGGAUGAAGAGGGAGAAUGAGAUUUAG